AUGGAGCCACUAAUAGAGAUAUCGCGUAACAAGUGGUCACAACUGCAAGCACUCUACAGAAAUGAUUGGCCAUGGGGUAUAGAAGGGUUUCGUCUCCUUGACAUACACAUACAGUAUCCAGAUAUGAAUCAAGCUUUUAAUUUCAAAGUUUAUUGCCCUGGAGGGGAUUUGCAUAAUGGCAUGGUCGCCAUUAGUGAUAUGGAACAUUAUUAUCAGGUAUACGUUUAUCCUGUCACUAGAAAUAUUACCAAUAUAGAACAUGCAUUGACCAAUACCAAUAUAAUAAACUGGAAUAGAACAAUAUGUAUACCAUCUGUGAAUUCUGAAACUCUUGUCUGUUUAAAAAUAAUAUGUCAACGGUUAUCUUUACAACUAUCCGAAGAAGUAGUAUGUAAGCAUUUAUUAAAGAAAGAAUCAAAACCAUUCGAAAUUUUAAACCACCCUCUUAAUACGUACGUUGCACCUCUAAAACCAGAAUACUUGGAUCUUAUCGAUCGUACAUGGACUUAUUAUACCCCGAAUAAUUCUCGAAGAUUCUUCGAAAUAUUGAUGAGGAACGGUCUAUCCUAUGUACUAUAUUCUACAGAUAACCACAAACCAUUAGCUUGGAUCUUCAUUGGCGAAGCAGGUGCCUUUACACAUUUGUAUUGUGUAGCUACCCAAAGAGGAAAGGGUUAUGCUGAGUACAUUACGAAAAUAGCUACAAACGAUUUAUUGAGACAAGGAAAAGAUGUUCUCGCUUAUACGUUAAAAGAAAAUGUACGACCCCAGAAUCUUUUUCGCAAAUUAGGUUUUGAUUUCUUAGAUAAUGUUAUAUAUGUGGAUAUACAACGCAUUUAG